GUUUUACCUUUGCAGUCAACUCGCCCAACCGUCCACACGCUACAUUUCUCCAAUAUCGCAACCACGUCAAGACUUCCUUUACCUCGGGAUUCAAAGGACUUAAACAGUGUAUAUCUGCAUUGUGGACCUACGUGACCUUAGCGUCUGCCGGAAUCACACGCCGGUGUGGGAUGAGGACAUCUCUUUCAGCUGAGCCUCGCGAUCCCGCUUGAAGAUGGUAAGGUCCUCUGCGGUUAGUCUGUUUCCCGUGGUUACAGCAGCCGGGGACGCCCUCCUAUGACAUGGUGAAAGACUCAUAAAGACCGGUCGCCGCAAUGGCAUCCAUGGUCGCCAAUGGAAACCAAGAUGGGCCGUCUAUGGUGCUCCAAGGGGCGGAUCCAGAGACAUGCAUGAUUGUGUUUAAGAACCACUGGGCUCAGGUGGUAAAGAUCCUGGAAAAACACGAUCCCUUGCGCGGCGGCACCUCUGCCGUGGCACCUUCGCUGGGCGUGCUGGGCCUGGGCGGCGGCCCCCGCUUCGGCCCCAUACCAGGCGACGAGGCGAACGCGGUGCAGAACUACGUGGAGCACAUGCUCUUCUUGCUGAUGGAGGAGGACUGCGGCAAGGGGGGCGCCAUGGGCCCCAUCCUGGAGUUCGUAGUGCUGGAGAACGUGAUGGAGCGCCUGUUCGUUUGGAGCCUGCGCCGCGAGUUCACCGACGCCAUGAAGCUGGAGCAGUUGAAGAUGUAUGAGAUGCUGGUUUGCCAGUCUCACCAGCCCCUACUGCACCACAAACCGGUGCUGCGACCGCUCAUGAUGCUCCUGUCGACGUGCUCGGGCUCGGGUGGGGCGCCCACCGUGGAGGCUCAGCUGGUGCUCCUCUUGCACCAGCUCUGCUGUGUCCUGGCCAAGGACCCGUCUGUCUUGGAGCUGUUCUUCCACACCAGCGAGGACCAGGGCGCGGCCAACUUCCUCAUUUUCUCGCUCCUCAUCCCUUUCAUCCACCGCGAGGGCGCCGUGGGGCAGCAGGCGCGAGACGCGCUGCUGCUCAUCAUGUCCUUGUCGGCAGAGAACCGGCGUGUGGCCAAACACGUGGCGGAGAACACCUUCUUCUGUCCAGUUCUUGCCACUGGCCUCAGCGGUCUGUAUUCGUCGCUGCCCGCCAAGCUGGAAACCCCCAGUGACGAGUGGCACUACCUGCACAGGGAUGACUGGAUCCGCAUGCCCUCCCUGGUCCAGUUUCUCAACUCCCUGGAAUUCUGCAAUGCUGUCAUCCAGGUGGCCCACCCCGAUAUCAGAGACCAGCUGUUGGGCUACAUCUACAACGGCUUCCUCGUGCCCGUACUUGCACCCGCUCUCCACAAGCUGACCCUGGAGGAGGUGAUGACCACCACGGCGUACCUGGACUUGUUCCUGAAAAGCAUCAGUGAGCCGGCCCUGCUGCAGACCUUCUUGUCCUUCAUCCUGCUGCACCGCCACGAAAACAUCCACAUUUUGGACACGCUGGUCAGCCGUAUCAACACACCCUUCCAGCUGGGCAUCGUGUCGCUGGCGCUUUUCCGCACUCUGAUCGGUUUGCACUGUGAAGACGUCAUGUUGCAGCUCAUCCUCAGGUACCUGAUCCCGUGCAAUCACAUGAUGCUGAGUCAGCGGCGCGUGGUGAGGGAGCGCGACUUCUACUCGGCGUCGGCGGCCAAGAUCCUGGCCUUGACGCCGUCCUGCUGCUCGGCCGACCGUAGUCCGCCGCCACUCCGACAGCUGGAGUCCAUACUCUUCUCCAAAGCUGAGAAAGACGGCGUCUCUGUCGAGGGCGAUCCCGUCGGGAACUCCUCGUGCACCAUCGGCUCCGAGAUCUACUUGGACGUCAGCUACCUCCACUACCUGGACGACGCCCACGUGCGCAUCGGCAUCUGCAUGCGGGCGUGCCGAGUGUGGUCGGCCGCGUACGACGGCGAGGAACCCCCUCCGGAGAAAUACCAACCGGGCGUCCUGGAAGAGCCUGCGUGCAGGAAGAGAGCCCCACGGGUCGCGGCCUCUGCGGCGCCGCAGCACCCCAGACCUGAGCGACCGCCGCCCAACCAGCUGGAGCUGGAGUGGGACGACAGUUACGACGCGUGCCCGCCGCUGACCGACGAGCCAAAACCUCCGCCUGUGCCUGUGCCUUCUGCUGACCCCCCCAGACACAUAGAGGAGAUGAGAAAGUCAGCUAUUUUGUUGGUGAAGGGCUCCUACGUCGAGGAGAACGAGUUCCAGGAUGACGUCAUGGUCUACGAUCUGGUGGCCAAGAAAGACACCACAGCCGCUGAGGCGGCUCCACGCAAAGACCCUAACCCCCUGAAGAACGGACUCACUCAGAAGCGCCUGGUCGAGUAUGCUAAAAGUCCCACAGACGUGGGCGAGGACCUCCUGGCUCAGUACAAGGAGCUGGUCCGGACGUUUGACAACGACGCGGGCGCUAAAGCCGUAAAAUGUGAUGGAGAUCCAAAGGAUGACGGCGUGACAGAGGAUGAGGAAAUGGACUUCACUUCCUUCUCCGCAGAGACGCCAGAGCCCGAGAAGCUGCAGACGCCCUUUGGUUUGACGUUUUGCAGCACCACCAGGAGUCACUCGGCACCUUUUACAGGUCCGUUCGUCAGCGUCCUGCUGUCGCGCCUAGAGAACAUGCUGUCCAACUCGCUGCACGUCAACUUGUUGCUGACGGGCAUCCUGGCGCAGCUGGCCGCUUACCCUCAGCCUCUGCUGCGCUCCUUCCUCCUCAAUACCAACUUGGUCUUCCAGCCCACCGUUCGCUCACUCUACCAGGUCCUGGCAACGGUGAAGAACCAGAUCGAGCAGCUGGCUGCAAGCAGUAAGGACUUUCCUGAGCUGAUUGUGGCCGCCCAACACUGGCUACUGACCAGGGACACUCUUUACGGAGAAGCAGACAGAAGCAAUCGAGUGCGAAGCGGCGGCAUUCUGAAGAGCUCCCCGCCUCCGCAGCCCAGGUCCAUCUCUGCCGAGCGGACCGACGUGUUUGCCACCGUCCUCUUCAGCGAGUUCCUCAAAGAACUGGCCGCCCUGGCCCAAGAGCACUCCAUCUUGUCUUACAUUCCCAUGGAAGAGUAAAGCAACUCCUAAUACAACAAACGAAGACUUUUUAUUUUUCUAUCAUCUUUUCAGGCCACCAACCAAAGACAUUAGAUAUAUAUUUGUAUUUAUUUUAUCUUUUUUAGCUAUUACCGGCCCUUUAAUUCAAUUUUCUCAGGGUGGGCGGCCUUUUUGGACUCCAGCCUGGUCUAGCGUUAGCGACAUUAGCAUCAGCAAGCACAAUAUGGCUACGGACUGUCUUAUUUCGAGCAAGGGUGCGGUCUCUUUUCAAUCUCAUAAAGUGGCCUUUCUAUUCUUAUUAUUGGUACCUCAGUGUCUAUGGGUAAAGCCAUAUUUCCUCCACUUUCUGCCACGCCAGCCUAUUUAAUGACUUGUACAUAUCGUAUUCACUAUGCAAAUUAAGGAGAAUAUUAAGAAACAUUGUCAGGUAAAGUGGUUGGAUUAUUUAAGUGUUCCUUUCGAUGCUAUUUUUGGCGUGGGGGUUAUGGUGUUGUGUCUCGCACUGUCUGUUACAAAGCGGUCUCUCUACUAGCGCCUUUUAAAAGAGACAGACAAUUUUUUUUUAGCUAAGCUGCCAAGAAACUGGAUGUGGGCAGUAUCGUGUAAAUUAGCCCCACUGUGACAUCACAAUCCAUCAAAAUCCUAAAGGCUCGCUCACAGACACAUUUUGGGAAAUAGGCAGCUCAUAGAAUAUUUAGUUGGCGGUUUAAUUUCACACUUGACGGGUAAACAGGUAUUUCAGAAGCCCAGCUAUUUGUAUGCAAGCUUUUAAAAGGUUUGACAUAUUUCUCCGUUAAGCUUAAACAUGAGCUGUCACAAAAGCAGGUAAAAAAAAAGUCCCUUCAUGUUGUCUACAUUCACAUUUUAGUGCCUGUUUAAAAAGAAUCAAACUGGAAUUAUUGAGAAGUGUGACAAUUUAAUUCAUAUUUUUACUUUAGAUUAAAAAAAAAAAUCUGAGAAUGGCUCGAAUCAAUCAAGAAAAUAAGACGAAAGUGUCUGAUGCAGUCUUUGAGAUGAUGUUAAAUUUAUGUUCAAUUCCUUUUGGUUUGGUUUUGUAGCGACAUUAUACGGGCAAUGAAUGAUGCAAUACAGUCUUUUUGUUGUGCUUGUUUCGUUGAUGACAAAGAAUGGCAGCACAAUAAAAUUUGUGAAAUGUCA